AUGUCUACAAAUGCAGACAGAACACCCUUGCAACUAAGCCAGUCAGCUGUUGAAGUUUGCAUUGAAGAGACUAUCAGUUGCGUUGGCGCUAUCUUACUUGCUGAAGUGUGUUUACCUUUGCACGUUUUUGAUAAUGCCGAACUGUCAGUUAUCGUACAACCAAAAAAGAAGCUAUUUAUGGAAAUGUCACGCGUGUCUCGCAGUGGAGCGAGACAAAAUGCUUUUGGAGCUGUUGUCGGCAACAGUGUAGUAGACCAUUCAUUUACUUUACCAUCUAAACCUGCGCUUUUCUCUCCACAUUUGGAGCGCAAACUUGGAGAUUCCGUCGGAGCUGAUUCACUCACCAGUCAACCCAAUACCUCAUCCACAGCGAAAGUGAAACCAGUGAAACGAAAAUUGUCCGGGGAUUCGGAUACUACAAAUUUAGCUGUUCAAGAGGGAGAACCACCUUCUUCUUCGAGAACUUCACGAAAAUCUGCCCGCGUCAUUUUGAACUCUGCAGAUAUUUCGAUAAGGGAAAGCUAUUCUUAUGCUGUUGAAGGAGAUCAUGUGGUUAAACGAUUCAUCCCAUCCGCUCGAAUAUCCCAAGACUUCGCACAACCAGGUUCAAAAUCAUCGAGUAGUCGGGAAGCAUUCAGCAGAAUUGAAUCAUCGAAGUCUCAAGCAUCAACUUCCUUUGUGCAAGACAUGUCCAGAGAAAAAUUUACAUGUACCGAGCCGAAAAAGAAAACAUUGGCUAAUACGUCGACUGAAGAGUUGUUCAAAAAGCCAGUGAAAGAAGUUCCAUCUUUGCUUAACUCGUUCUACAAAAACGAGGAGCCAUCCACAUCCAAAUCUCGCAGCCGAAGAUCAGUUACGACUUCGUCAGCUCGCCAUCCUGCUCCCAAGAUAUCUACUGCACAAGCAAUCAUUGAUGCCUGGAGAGCAUCCUCGUUUGAGGUUCUCCCACAGGACUCUUUCAUAUCCCCUACUAAACGUGAUACAUCGGCGACUAGAGAAAUGUUUCGUGAUUUGCCUAAAAAAUCUGCAGGAGGGUCCCUCUCUCUGGGCGACAUAAAAGUGGGUCUUGGCAGAAAGCCAAGAAGUUCUUUACCUCUAACCAAGUCUACUAGUAGAGAGUCUGCUCAUGAGAAAAUUGCAGUUGGUGUGAGCAAGGAGUCGAGUUCAAAGGAUUACAAAAUGAAGGAAGACGGUACUUCCUCUUCAAUAAAGGAGAAAGAUCGAGAAAAAUUGGAUAAGAAUUCUGAUCAGCGACAUUUAGAGGAUAGUGAAAUGCGAACUCUUCGCGGUAACCCUACUAAACCCGCCGGUGCUUCACUGUUAGAGGAAGUACCUCUUAGAGGUCAUUCCCAAAAAAUCAAGUUGGAAGUGGGUGCCGCAAAAGUUCGAAAGGAGAAUUCUGCGAAAACUACAGGAAUUUCAAAGCAAAAUGUAAGUGCCAGUGGAUCCUCUAAUUACGUCGUAACUUCCGGAUCAUCACUAAAUUCCUCACCGGAACGAAUUCUGAGAAGCGCUACUACGGAACAGGAUCUGCGUAGCAACAGUGGGAAAACGCGUACCACUAAAACCUUGGCAAUACAAUCAUCCAAGCAUCGUCCAAAUACCCAUGUGCAGCGUCCAAAUGCUUCAACAAAACAUUCAGGUCCUUCUGUGGAGCAACAACAGCCGAUGAUAGCACAACGUCUUCAAUCUCCCACACGACAAUCUAAAACUUCAGCGCAACCUUCAAAGACUUCUAAGCAACAGUUCAGGGCUCCGCUUACGGGAUCAAGAACGAGCUCAGCUAGAAUAACGCGUGAAUGGUCAACUCCAGAGGAGACAAGUGUGAGAGUGACGAGAAAUGCGAAGGGUAAUGCCCAGCACUCUGCUUCAGUGUCGUCCGGCGAUGUUUCUUCUGGACCCAAUUUGCAAAGCGCGGUUUCUGGAGAUAAAACUAUCACAACUUCAAGAAAAGUUGUACACAAAACAGAGGAGCCACGUAGA